AUGGUGAGCUUCCAGUGCGAAGCCUGCGGAGAUGUCCUAACCAAGAAGAAACUCGAUCCUCACCGGAAUCGUUGUCGAGCUGCCACAUUCACUUGCAUUGAUUGCAUGGUCCACUUCUACGGCACCGAUUAUCGCUCUCACACGAGCUGCAUGACAGAGGAACAGAAAUACCAAGGCGCUCUCUACAAAAACAAGAAAGCGAAAACCACAGACCGCAUCACAACGUCUGUGCAGAACAACAACAAUUACAACAGUAACAAUAACGACACCAAUAGCAACGGUAACAAUAAGGACAACAUGGCCCACCGAGCAUACGUCGAGGAGGUGCCCGACUACGACGGGUGGGAGAAACCUGCCAACCCGCCACCGCCAGCGCCCAGCCCACCGCCGGCCAAUGAUUUCAACGUCUUCGAAUACAUGGUGAACCCAACCCCAACUGCGUCCGCCGUUGCACUACCCACAGCUCUUGGUCCUUCGGAAGCAGCCCCCAGCGAGCAGAACCAGCUCGCUAUGAUCUCCUACGGCACAGGUCCUAUACUCGGCGUCACCUUUGAGACACCCUUGCCCAGAGACGGCAAGAAGGACAAGAAGAGAAAGCGACUCCACAUUGACACCCAUGACCUCGAGAUGACAGAUGCGCCGGGCCUCCACACCGGCCUCACGGGCGGCAUGUCCAAGAUGUUGAGCCGGCCUCAAACGUUACCGUCGCCUGACUACUCAGGAUCUGGCGGAGAAUUCGGCGAGACGCCCGCCAGUCCCCUGAAGAAGUCCAGACAUUCCAAGCACCACCGGUCCAGCCGCCCGGUGAGCGGCAUCGGCAACAACAUCAUGUCCAUGCUCACCAACUCGGGGACCUCUAACAACCCGACCAGCAAGGCCAACAAGCGCAAAUCCAUGGUAAGCACCACGACAACCUCCAGCAAGAAGCGCCACUCCCACCACCGGUCCAGGCACCUAGAAGGCGCCAAGGAACCAAGGCUCCUGGAAUACAAGAGCGAAUCCACGCACGAGAGGGACGGACACCGGAGCGGAGCUGGCCCCAUGGUUGUCUUUGGCCAGCGUGCCGACCUGUUCUUCAGCAUGGUCAACAAGGGGCCCGAGAGUCAGCGCGGCUGCAGCUUCAACAAGGCGCUCAAACGCUUCCACCGCGAACGCAGCGGGGCGGGCAAUACAUCGCCGAAGCCCCUGGAGGAGAAAGAGCUUUUCAGGUCGUUGCGAAUGAAAAGAAACGAUAGGGGAGAGAUCGUACUAUUCUCAGUCUGACCUGACGAUUGGUACGAGAGAGUGAUCGAGCGAGAGUGCGACCUUGCAACAAGUUCUGAGCAUACAUGGUUGGUUACUUUUGCAUACAUCUUGACGACGGCGUUCCCGGAUCCGACUUGAUUUGAUGUGACGCGGAGUUCAUGGUGCCAAGUGGUUACGCAAUAAUGAUACCUUGAUACGUUGUGCUCUUGGUUGUUUUAAGUUGGGUAUAUGUACUGUUUGGGCUGCAUGAGGACAGAGGAAGAGAAGUACACGACGGCGGCGGCGACGACGAUGACGACGACAACAACAACAACAACAACAACGACAACGGGCGUCGUCUACAGCGUUAUACCUGAGGGGAGAGUAAUCAUCAUGAAGAUCGAUCGAUUAUCCCCUGGCCACAUGAAUGUGGAUGGAAACAUGUCUUUCCCUUCAUCCCCCGGACAACCACGUCCGGUCUCUUUUGUCUGUAUUCUGCUACUGGUGGAAAGAAGAGUGGGCUUAAUGGAUUCUGCUCCUUCGGCUGGACUACCUGAGGGCACAUAGAGAGCAGGAAAGAGGGGGGCCCAAGGCUUGCUACUAUUCGAUUCCGAUGCUGUCUUUACACACAAAGCUUACUUGUCAAGCAUAUAUGAAAGUUCACAUCG